AUGACGACUGCGAGCCUUCAUUGGACAUUGGUCUCCAUGAUCCUCGCUUAUGCUGUCUUGUUGCUUCUUCCGGUCCGUUGCGGCUCAAGUCCUCCUUUUGAAGACACCGAAUGGUUGCAGCAAUACUUGUGGGACUUUGUCCAGGAUUCGAAUCAUGACUUGCACCAAAUUCUGCCACUCCGAGCAUCUCCUAAUCAUGUCCAAGAACAAAAUGCGCGUAUGGGAAGUGCAGACCCCUAUCACGCUCCAACUUUUCAGCCUUUUACCACUCCAUCUGUGCCUCUGCAUCCUCCGCCCAACCAGGCUCAAAUCCAUUCGGCACUUGGGAUCAGCCAUCCAGCGUCUCUUUCCGAUUCCGUUCUCGUUUCAUCUAGAGCAACAGAUCAUCACUCAAGUGGUUAUGUGGAGCCCUCGACCGGUGCAUGGGCUGCUCGAUAUAGCCCUUCGAUGCACUCUCAGUUCGAUCCGCUUGCUUCGAGAUCAGAAUUUGACACCACUCCAGAACUAGGCUCAGAUCAACACGUGAACAACAAUGUACAUCCGACUUCCCAACAAGACACUUCAUCCGAGGAACAAACCAGUUCUGGAUCUUCGUAUGAAGCACUUCCUGACGUCUACGUUGAUCCCAGACUCUACUCGGACAUCCUCUAUCGUACGGUCUACCAUCCAGACCUUUCAGUUGACGAGUUCAUAGCUAAUUUGCUGUCCAGGCCGUAUGACGGAGGGCAGACGAACCACAAGACCGCACAAGUGCAGCGAAUCGAUCCGCUAGUCAGUUCUACCGACCCAGACUCAGUUGCAAUCAACACGUUUUGGCACAAAAAAAGCGCCAAAAUGAUGCUUAUGCCGCACCCAACAGGACCGAAACGCCUUUUAGUCAGCUAUGUCCGCACGUCCUGGUUCCUAGCCUAUGGAAACGGACCUGGAUAUGUCGGAGUGUGGCAACUCGGAGAGCCGCAACUGUUGUCUGCAUUUGAUUCACAGAGGCCUCUUACGAGCCUUUUUUUGCACGGUUUCUACUCUGCAAGGGUCGCCCAGUACCGAAAUCUUGGAGAGCAGCCUGAACAUGCCGGAAGCUACUGGAUCACAGUGCGACGAUCCCUAAAGAUGCCUACAUUGGGUAUGAAACUCAGAAUCAUCGGGAUGAGCGACGAGGAGAUCCAAAGGGUCGACGACAAGAUACAAGGUGAGGAACGCUGGGUCAAUCCUACUGUCCUCGAAGGCUCUGCUUCGAACCCAUCCCAAUAUGAUGCAAAUGCACUGCUGAGUACUUAUCCGGUCGACCAAGCUUUUCAUAUUUAUAACUACAAAGAGACCCCGGAGGUAUUUGACUUGGUGCGGAAGUUACAUGAGGAGGCAGGCCUCCCUGAAACAGCAUUUGCACCAAUCGAGCUCACUGAAGACGAAAUGUAUCAACUGGGUGAGAAGAUGGGACAAGCUUUCCGCUCCAGGCGUCAAGUAAAAAUCUGGACGCUCGACACAGGGGAGACUUACAUGCUCGCUUAUCACCAGACUCUGGCCUGGCUGAAACAACAUACGAGGCAGGUUCUGUCGAUUUGGAAAUUCGGAAGGACCAUGAUCUCAGGCCAUAGAGUGGCAGCACGGGAACUUGAUGCGAUCGGGCUCUUCCAUAUUUCGUUGAACAGCUGGAGAAAGUUGAACGAACGCAACAUUCCGGGUCUGAGGGACUCCCAUUUUCAUUUUGCUCAAAGACAUCUGCCCUAA